GGCAGUGGCCACAAGGUGGCGGUGUUCACCAGCUUUACAGGCAUGUCCGUGUUCGGGGCGAACUUUGGAGCUUCGCUCACACUGCUGGUGCUGGUCGCGCGGAUCCGAAGCGCGCAGCGAGCUCUCCGGGAAGGACGGUGCUGCUGAAGAAUGACGGACCUGCUCUGAGACGCUGCUCAGAAACUGGCAGGAACUCGGAAGAAUUUGGAGCGCGCGUGGGACGGCAUAAUGGAUGAAUCUUGGGAUUUAACGUUCGCCGUAGUCAAGGCGUGGUUUUCGGUUGUGGUGACCUUCAUCAUGCUGCCUGCUAUGUUUGGAGUCUCCUUGGGCAUCACUGAGCUCUACAUGAAGAUCCUGGUCAAAACCUUGGAGUGGGCAACGCUGCGGAUCCAGAAAGAGCGCAAGAAGCAGGAGGUUCUCAAUGCCAGCCUUGCCAAUGGAAUCAUACAGAGAGAUGAUGGCUCCAUGGAGCAGGAGAUUGGGGAGCUACGUCGCUGCCGACCCAAGUCUUUGGCAGGGGGAGAGUUCACGCUGAGCGAUAUCUUCUACUUCAGCCGAAAGGGCAUCGAGAGCAUCGUGGAAGAUGAAGUGACGCAACGCUUCAGUUCUGAGGAGCUGGCCUCCUGGAACCUGCUCACCCGCACCAACAACAACUUCCACUACAUCAGCCUGCGGCUCACGGUUAUCUGGGGUCUAGGCGUGGCCAUCCGCUACUGCAUACUGCUGCCGCUGCGGAUCACCUUGGCAGCCAUUGGAUUGAGCUGGUUGGUGAUAGGAACCACUUUAGUUGGGCUGCUUCCCUCCAGCAGGAUGAAGAACUGGCUCAGCGAGCUGGUCCAUCUUAUGUGCUACAGGAUCUGUGCCCGGGCUCUGUCUGCCACCAUCCACUACCAUAACAAGGAAAACAAACCCAGGAAAGGUGGGAUCUGCGUAGCCAAUCACACUUCGCCGAUUGAUGUUGUCAUUCUAGCUAAUGAUGGAUGCUAUGCCAUGGUAGGUCAGGUUCAUGGAGGUUUAAUGGGGGUCCUUCAGAGAUCAAUGGUGAAGUCCUGCCCUCAUGUCUGGUUCGAAAGGUCUGAGAUGAAGGACCGUCACCUGGUGACAACGAGGCUGAGGAAUCAUGUGGCAGACAAGGAGAAACUUCCCAUACUCAUCUUCCCAGAGGGAACCUGUAUCAACAACACGUCUGUCAUGAUGUUCAAAAAGGGCAGCUUCGAAAUCGGAGGGAGGAUAUAUCCGGUGACCAUCAAGUAUGACCCCCAGUUUGGGGAUGCCUUCUGGAACAGUGGAAAAUACAACAUGGUCAGCUACCUCCUGAGGAUGAUGACAAGCUGGGCCAUUGUCUGCAAUGUGUGGUACCUGCCUGCCGUGGAACGCCAGGAAGGGGAAGAUGCUGUCCAUUUUGCCAACAGAGUGAAGUCUGCUAUCGCCCGUCAGGGAGGUCUCGAGGACCUGUCCUGGGAUGGGGGGCUGAAGAGGGCCAAGGUGAAGGACACAUACAAGGAGCAGCAGCAGAAGAAGUACAGCAGCAUGAUUGUUGGGGAGGACAGCAGUGACUGACGGGGCCUUUCCUCCAGCAGCACCAAAUGGGCCGCUUCCCACAACACGUAAUACACGGGAGUUUAAGAAAAAAAAAAAAAUUGCACUUGGUUCCAAAAUAAGCACCUAAGUCUCCAAGUAACUGGAAUAAAUUCUUUUUACUUUUUGUUUCUUUCAAUAAGAAGCCCUGAUUGAAUAACUGAUGCAGUGAAUUUGAGUAGACUUGUACAUAGCAAAGCUUAUGGGUCUUGACGUUGCUGUCUAAAUGUUUGUUUGUGUAUUAAAACUUAUUGAACUA